AUGCCGUCGAUGCUCUUCGCGGUGGCAGGCGUCGUUGACUCCCGCCGCGGCGGUGUCACCGGCUGCAGCUGUAGCGUGUUUCAGCGCGUCGAGGCUGCACCACGCAGUGCCACGCCCAGAUGCGGUCCUGGUUGGUCCCCGCUUCACGACGCCACCAUACCAUUCUCGGAAGGUUCAAAGUGUGGCCUUCCUCAGGUGCAGAACCUUUUGGAUUAUUCCCUAAGAAUUGUUGGGGGUCAGGGGGCGAAGUACGGAUCCCACCCGUGGCUGGUGUCUCUGAGGUCCAGGGGUUUGCACUUCUGUGGGGCGGCGAUCCUCACAGAUCGAUGGAUUCUGUCUGCUGCACACUGCUUCUCCACACUGUCAAAGCGGUUUUUGAAGAACUUGGACGUUGUGGUCGGGGAGUUUGACCGCCGAGUGGCAGACAUCGGGGAACAGACCUUCACGGUGAAUUCUAUCAAAGUCCAUGAGAAGUACCACCAUUCCACCCCGCUGAACUACGACAUUGCGCUUCUGGAGCUGAGCGGGCAGAUCGAGUUUGGUAGGUACGCUCAGCCAAUAUGCCUUCCCCUCCCCAAUGAGGUGUUCGUGCCAGGGGGUGCCUGCACCGUGAGUGGAUGGGGACAGCUAAGAGAACGAGGCCACCUGCCUACCAACCUCCGUGAGGUGCAGCUGGACCUGGUGAAUCAGGCUAAGUGUAAGCACAUCAUCCAGACCGUGAAGCCUGACCAGAAGACCUUCACCGUCAUCUGCGCUGGGCCAGAGAAUGGCGGGAAGGAUGCCUGCCAGGGAGACUCCGGUGGGCCUCUUGUCUGCCCCAGAGAGGGAGGCCGCUGGGCCCUGGCUGGGGUGACAUCAUGGGGGAAGGGAUGUGGCCGAAGCUGGAUCAACAACCGUAGCAAGCCCCCGUGGAAGAGGGGAUCGCCCGGGGUCUUCACCGAUGUCAAAAUGUUCCUACCCUGGAUCAAAGAGAACCUCAGAGAAGGAACACAAGUUCACAGAAAAUCAUCAUCAAGGCUUUGCAGUGCUAUUGAUGGGCUCCAUGCCGGUUUAGGGGGUCUCAUCCGGAAUCCGGAUGAUCCAGGCCACAGCUACAAGAACAAUGAGAUGUGCCUAUGGUCCAUAAACGUCCCCCCUGGGAAAAGCAUCCUGCUGGAGUUUUUGGAGUUUGAUGUGGAGAAUGACACCCACUGCACCAGCGACCAGCUGGCUGUGUUCGCUGGCACAGACAGGCUUAUCGGGAGGUUCUGCGGCAGCCGGCUCCCCUCCCCCAUCCUGGUGGACUCGUCCGGGAUCACGCUCCAGUUCCUGUCCGACUUCAGCGUCGCCGGCACCGGCUUCGCCGUCAGGUUCCAUGCGGUGGAGCCGCAUUCUGCGCGGUAUGAGUCAGCCUGCGACGGGGUCGCAGUCCUCCAAUCCGAGGGUGUCGUUCAGACCCUCCAUUACCCCGAGCCCUACGGCAACGACUCGGACUGCCGCUGGGUCGUCCACGCCCCCUCCGGCCACGUCGUCAAGCUGGAAUUUGAUGACUUUGAUGUGGAGCCGUCGGAGGAGUGCGUGUAUGAUUCCCUGGUGGCUUUCGGCGAUGUAGAGGGGAAGGAUGAGAUAGCGGUGCUCUGUGGCAGGGGCCUGCCCCCUCCCCUGCUCAGCUACAGCAGCGUCCUGGUGCUGAGGUUCACCUCCGACGGCACGGUGUCCCACCGGGGCUUCCGUGCCACCGCGUCCUUCAUCAGCGAGAGAGAUCUGCACCAAGAGGAACCGGUUGAACAUGAAGAGAAUGUUGGCGGCGAUGACUACGCCCAUGGGUUGUCUCCCUGGAGGCAAGGUUUGUGUGGAGUGGCGCACGUACCUGCGAUGGCGGGGGCGGCCCUGAGUCGCGUGGUCGGCGGGGAGGAGGCGGAGCCUCACUCCUGGCCGUGGCAGGCCAGCCUCAGCCUGGCUUCCGGACACUUCUGCGGGGGUGCCGUCGUUCGGCCCACCUGGGUCCUGACCGCCGCCCACUGCCUGCACAGUCUAGAGAGGAAAUACAGCAGUUUUCUCUCAGUCCUCACGGGAGUCCACGACCUCAACAGGAGGGACCCCGGUGAGCAGAGACGCGCAGUGAGGAGGGUAGUGUUUCACCCGGGCUACAGUGACACCUCGCUGGAUUGCGACGUGGCACUCGUGGAGCUGGAGGCCCCUCUGCAGUUCAACGACCGCGUCAGCCCCGUCUGCCUGCCCGGAUCCCGACUGGAAGUCCCGCCCUCCCACGUAUGCACUGUCUCCGGGUGGGGCAGCUUGGCAGUUGGACAGGGUAACAGGACGCUGCAGCAGCUGCACUUGCCGGUGCUGGACCGUGGAGAGUGUGAGCAGUACUACCCCGGCAGGCUAACACACAGCAUGUUCUGCGCGGGGUUUCCGCAGUCAGAGGGGAAGGACACAUGCCUGGGAGAUUCGGGAGGGGCCUUGGUGUGCCGGUCUGAAGGCUCCGGUUACUUUGUCUACGGAGUGACCAGCUGGGGCCAAGGCUGUGGAAGGUUCCGGAGACCCGGAGUCUACACCUCGGUGCCACUCCUCCAGGACUGGAUUCUGGAGCAGCUGGAGCGUGAUUCUUUGGUGGAUGACAGAAAGGGAUCACAGCUAAGAACCGUCUCACAGCAGGAGAACUGGACUUUCAACAAUGGGGACAAUGACUUUUGGGCUGAGUCUUCUGGAGCGGAUUAGCACAAUUUAUUUCAUUUUUCUUCAAUGGAUUUAUCCUGAUGCAUAUUUGAAAGUUGUUUUAAGUAAGAUGUGUAGCAUGCUGCUAUUUUAUUAAUCAGAAAAUGUAUUUGAAACCGGUGGUUCCGUUUUUACGGUUUUGCAUGUUUCAUAAUUUUGUGUAAAUAUUUGACUUAUAAUUGUCCCAUUAAAUGAAUUAUAAACUGCUUCCACCCUGUUGCAGCCUGAUAAUAAUAAAGUUUUUAUAUACAAAA